AAGGACAAGAAGGUAAACGGACUCUGGCGUGGAGAUCUUGGGGUAAAAACAGCAUGCACGCCAGGAUCGCAACAAAAAGCACCCGGUCGGUUUCCAGCCAGCGGGGGUGGGCGUCCCACCUUUUGCGUCGCCAGGGAACCUUUCUACCGAAUGCCACCCUCGCCACUACAGCAACAGUUCCCGUUCCUUCCGUCCAAGAACCUCCCGUCUUCCGGGCUCGUCUCGAAGAACACUACUACAACUCCCUCCUCGAGGACUUGAUGGUUCUCACCUACGACCACACAUCUCCCCAUGCAAGUUUGUCGCAUCUCUCGAAAACAAGAGACUGGAAUAGACGUCUUCCCGAAACACCUUUGCAGAGCCUUUUCUCCGUCCCUGUUGAGAGACUCCCAACCGUUCCUGCCUCAGAGACGACAACAAAUAUCUUGACGCUGGAAAAUGCAAGAGUGAAGGACGUUGUUUUGAAGCGCAAGUUCCGGAAAGGACUCUUCAACCCUAUUGAUUACACGACUGUGUUAAAGGAAAAGUAUGAUGCUCGGGAGGACGCUCCCCCACCUCCCCCUUAUGCGCCCUUACCUUCCCGACUUCCCAUUGUGUCAAAAGUCAUGUUGAGAAUUUGGAGUGAGGCCGCAGUCGCCAACAAGACCAUCCUCCUCUCUGCCAUCAUGUCCCUUCAAUCCAUUACUGGCGUCCGCGCCGAGCCUCUCUUUGCAACCGUGGGCGACGCCUCGAAAAAGAUCCGGGAAGGCAUGCCCCUCGGCGCACGUGUAGAACUCACCGGUGUGAAAAUGUACGAAUUCCUUGACAAAAUGACUCAAUGCGUUCUUCCCCGUCUUCGGGAAUGGGAUGGCCUUAACCCCGUUGGAGAUGACAAUGGAUCCAUCACACUUUCCCUUCCCAGUACCGCCAUUGGUUACUUUCCCGACAUUGAACCCCAUUUCGACAUGUACCCCAGGUUGUUUGACACGGAUAUCGUCAUCCAGACAACCGGAAAGAGCGAUUGGGAGACAGUACUGUGCUUGUCUGGGUUUCAAGUACCAUUCUUGAAGGAGAGAGUCGUGGCGCAGGAAGAGGAAGUCGAGGAUGCCAAUGAUCCAUGGGCCAAGUUCAGGAAGCCAAAGACAAGAGAGGAGCGGAGGGCCAUGGCUGAAAAGCUCAAGAAAAUGCAUCAAGCCCAACAGGGAGCUUCCAAGCAAUAGAUCUACUGCGGUGGAUGCAAAUGGCAUCUCUACCUGGAAAGUGUCAUGGUUGAGCACCUUCAAUAUCGGGUGCAUUGUUUCUCCUUGCUUAGAAUUCCCCGACAAUUUGAUUCUCUGCCAUACCAUGUAUUUAUGAAAGGUCUACAGAUUUGUUUAACAGAUAUAUGUAGUACUAGUACUAGUUGUUGAUUCCUUCGCAUCGGUUCAAUAGAACUGGGACCAUUAUAUAAAUUUGCAUUGAAAUCUCCGUCAUGCAAAGCAUCUGGUUCUCAAAUACACAGCAGCCAUUAUCGAA